AUGUCGCAGUCGGUGGAAGAACUGCCAUCUGACGGUGUUUCUGGCCGCCGAUGCGCGGUAUGUUUGACCAAUCGCCCCUCCAUCCUCCACCUUCUCCUCUACAGAGGUCUCCAACACCAUCUUUGCACCGCCUGCGUACUGGACUCCCACCCUGGUUCUUUCUGUCCCACCUGCUUCGAUGUCUUCCUCCACAACCCUCCUCCCCCUCACCUCCGUCUCCUAUGCAAAAAAUGCCCCUCUAUCUCACACCUCUCUUGCGUCCCUGAUGUUGCUUCCGUCUCCGAUGAUUACUUGUGCCCUCCUUGUUCUAACCCUAAUUUCACUUUCUUCUGUGUUACUCCCAAUCAUGCUAAUAAUGCCAUUGAAAUUAACCCCCAUUUGGCUAAACAGUUGGUUGCCGCUGCUACCAUUGCUUCUGAGUCGAUCCACAAUGCUGCCGUUAUGGCCAGGUAUAAUGCAGAGAUUAGGGUCAAGGAAGCUGUGGUAGCUAAGGCUGAAGCUGCUGAAGUUUUGAGAAGGUUCAAUAAUCUGUUGGACAACUAUGGUUAUCAGUUUGGUAACGAUACGGGGGAAAACAAGAUACAUGAAGCAAAAUGA